UCUCCUCCUUUCAAGUCUUUUGACCGUUGUUGUUCGCCUUCUUUCUCUCUCUCUUCGCCUCUGCCACCCACACUCUCUCCCCUCUCUCUCGGCAGAAAUCCUUCUUGGGCUCUUCUUUGUUCUUGUUCUACGCGCAGAGAGGCCGAGGCGGCGAGGUCCCCGAAGAAGGGUUUGAGGGAGAAAAUUAAGGAUAGAGGAGAAGGAAGGUCGGUAUCGUCAGUUUGUAGGUUGGUUCGUGUCAUCUUCUGGUUCAUUGACUCCAGCUGCAAUGCACUCGGUGCUAACAAUUGAUCCUUCUGCGGCAUCAGUUCUGAACUGGGCAUGGCACUGAAACUAUAAGACUCUGGAGACAUGGGAUGUGCUGCUUCCAGGUUAGAAGAUGAGGAGGCUGUCAAGAUGUGCCGGGACAGGAGGGACUUCAUCAAGCAAGCACUGGAGCAGCGCAACCGUUUUGCAACAUCGCACAUCGCCUACAUCGAGUCCUUGAAACGUGUUUCGAAGGCCCUGCAGCGGUUCGUUGCUGGAGAUGAUAUCCAUGAGUUGAUCUUUGAUCCAUUAAUUUCUCCAGUCAAGCAGCAGAAGCCAGAGAUGCUCGGCCUUCCUUACGGUUCAUAUGAGAAGAGGACAGUGCAUGUUGCAAAGUACUUGAGGUCAGAAUCAAACCCAUCCGUGUCAGUGGAAGAGGCUCCAAGGCCUGUGGAAACAGUCCGUAUCGAGUCGCAUUACCCCAUGGAUAGCUAUGGUGGCACGGAUAGAUUUUAUGCGACGAAUUCCUCGCCGAUGAGGCCGUCUGCUUACUACACAUCUUAUGACAGGCCAAGCUACCUACCUCCAUCACCCCGGGAACCAGUGAGGAACUCUUCUUAUUAUAUGCCACCUUAUGAAAGGCCAAGUUACACAUCUCCUUCACCCCAGGAGCCAAUGGGGACAUCUUAUUACACAUCUCAUGACAGGCCAAUCUACACAUCUGCUUCACCCCAGGAACCAACAAGGACAUCUUAUUACACACCUUAUGACAGGACAAGCUACAUGUCUCCUUCACCCCAGGAACCAAUGAGAACUUCUUAUUAUUCGUCUCAUGACAGGCCAAGGUACCCACCUCCGUCACCACAGGAACCGGAAUCAUCACAGUGGGACUCCUUCUGGAACCCAUUCUCGUCGCUGGACAGCUAUCCGUAUCCGCGCCCUCGGAGUAGCUAUGACAAUGUGGUCACUGACGAUGAAUUGGCACGGUUACAACGGGUGAGAGAGGAGGAAGGAAUCCCAGAACUCGAAGAGGAAGAUGAUGAGUGUCAAGAACCUGAGCAAAUGCAGAACAAACAAGAGGAGGAGCAAGAACAAGAAUCUGACGAGGACGAUGAUGAGGAAGAAGACGAAGACGAGGAAUGUGAGCAUUCAGAUGAUCAAAGAUGCAUGGCCUCUAUGGAGGGUGCUCGCCCAGGGAAUUCCGAAGUCAAUGUAAAGCAAGAAACAAAGGGAUUUCAAUCCAAAGGUAUUCAGUGCGCAGAAGUACUUGAACCCCGUAACGCAGUGGAUGUUGAGAUCAAGACACGUAAGAAAGAACCGACGAGGAACAAAGUAGCAAAUCCAGAAGAAACACCAGCUGGUUAUACUGUCUAUGUAAACCGAAGGCCAGCAAGUCUGGUCGAGGCCAUGGAACACAUUGACAGUCAGUUCUUGGGUAUUUGCAAUGCUGCUCAGGAAGUCUCGCGGAUGUUGGAGGCAAGUAGAGCUCAAUACACAGCCUCAAGCGAUCUUUCUGUAAAGAUGCUAAACCCAGUUGCACUUUUGCGCUCUGCAUCAACCCGGUCAUCAUCUUCCCGGUUCCUUCUUGCUUCCUCUAACUCAAUAGAUGAUCUCUUUGACAAUGACACAAGCAGCUGUUACUCUGAAGAAUCUUGCAGCACAAUGUCUGGAAGUCACCACUCCACUCUGGAUAGAUUGUAUACAUGGGAGAAGAAAUUAUACAAAGAAGUAAAGGUGGGUGAGCGGUUAAGAAUAGAGUACGAGAAGAGGAUGACACAUUUGAGGAACCAGGAUGUGAGAGGGGAGGAGCCUUCCUCUGUCGACAAGACUCGUGCAGCAUUGAGAAGCCUACAGACUCGGAUGAAGGUGUCAAUACACACUGUUCAGUCAAUCUCAAGAAGGAUUGAAGUUCUAAGAGACGAGGAAUUGCAUCCUCAACUUUUGGAACUGAUCCAAGGGCUUUCCCGGAUGUGGCGAGCCAUGGCAGAGCGGCACAAGGCACAGAAGAGCACCAUCGACGACGCCAAGCUCCUCUUCCUCCACCACCAACAACGCGCAUCCUCCGCCGUGGCUCUCGUCCCUCCUACUGCGGAAUCAACGGCGCCGCCGCCUCCGGCGGCCGUGGCGCUCGAGCUCGAGGUCCGGGCCUGGCGGGGGGCGCUGGACACGUGGUUGUCGGCGCAGCGCGCCUACGCGCGCGCCCUGGCCUCGUGGGCGCGCCGGUGCCUGGGCGCUCCGGGCGCGGCCACCGCGGUGGCGGCGCCGCCGCGGCCGCCGGCGGCGUUCGUGGCGUGCAUGGAGUGGGGCCGCGCGGCGGAGGCGGCGUCGGAGGCGCGGGCGAUGGACGCGCUGGACUUCUUCGUGGCGGGCGUCGGGUCGGUGUGCGCGGGCGCCGCCAUGGGAGGCGUGGGCGUGGAGGGCGGCAUGGCGGGGCGCGUGCUCUGCGCCGGCACGGCCGCCGUCACCGGCGCCCUGGCCGAGCUCGCGGCGGCAUCGGCGGACGCCUACGACGCCGCCGCCGCCGCCGCGUCGGCGCCGGAGGGGAGCGCGGCACAACCGCCGCAGCGCUAGAAAAACAAAAAACAAAAAGAAUAUCCAUUGUAGCUAGCUAGGAAGAGUCUCCUAGGAAGACGAAGCAUGGAAUUGCAGUCACAUACUCACAUGUGGAGUUCUAGUUUUUCUCUUUUCCUUUUUUUGGCAGUAGAUUUUUACAUGGCUGGUAUAUUGUGACUGAUGAUUGCUCCGGUUUAUUAUAACCUGUUUAUAUGCUAUGUCCAAGCCUGGUUCUUGAUAAUGUGAUUAUUUUCAAUGAU